AGUUUUUAUUCGAAUUUAACAUUUUUUGAGGUGAACAGCUAAUCUGGCUAGCAAGGUCGCACAUAACGUUACGUUUGGAAUUUGCAUUACCUGGCGACCUUAUAGAAGGUAGCUAGUCAACAUUGUCAUCAAAGACAUUGUUCGCAGGUUUCUUUUUAUUUAUUUUCCCGGGUGAUUUUCAGUAGCUAGGUAGUAACCUGAAGGGAGUUCUACCUCUUCAAAAUGAGCGCAGGAAUAGCAAAGGCGACGAAGCCGUCGGCACAUGCUGAUCCCAAAUCGGCACCUCUGAAAGAGAUCCCCGACAUCUUGGUGGAUCCGCGGACCAUGAAGAGGUAUAUGAGGGGACGUUUUCUUGGAAAAGGUGGUUUUGCUAAAUGUUACGAAAUCACAGAUAUGGACACUAAGGAAGUUUUCGCUGGCAAGGUCGUCCCAAAAUCUUUGCUGCUCAAACCUCAUCAGAAGGAGAAAAUGUCCAUGGAGAUCACUAUCCAUAAGAGCCUUGAUAACCCGCAUGUGGUGGGAUUCCACGGUUUUUUCGAAGACGACGACUUCGUCUAUGUGGUUUUGGAGAUCUGCCGGCGGAGGUCUCUCCUGGAGUUGCACAAGAGGAGGAAGGCGGUGACAGAGCCAGAGGCACGAUACUACAUGAGGCAAACUAUUCAGGGAUGCCAGUAUCUUCACAACAACAGAGUCAUCCACAGGGAUCUCAAACUGGGCAAUCUCUUUCUGAACGAUGACAUGGAGGUCAAGAUAGGUGACUUCGGUUUAGCUACGAAGAUUGAGUUUGAUGGUGAGAGGAAGAAGACAUUGUGUGGGACACCCAACUACAUUGCUCCGGAGGUUCUGUGCAAGAAGGGUCACAGCUUCGAGGUGGACAUCUGGUCACUGGGCUGCAUUCUUUACACGUUGCUGGUUGGCAAACCUCCAUUUGAGACAUCCUGCCUGAAGGAAACAUAUAUCCGAAUCAAGAAGAAUGACUACGCAAUCCCACGGCACAUCAACCCUGUAGCAGCUUCACUGAUCAGGAAGAUGCUGCAAGCUGACCCCACCCUGCGGCCCACCAUCGGCGACCUGUUAACGGACGAGUUUUUCACAUCGGGUUACAUCCCUCUCCGCCUUCCCACCACCUGCCUCACGGUGCCCCCUCGCUUCUCCAUCGCACCUAGCUCUCUGGAGCCUAGUCAGCGCAGACCCCUUUCUGCUCUCAACAAAGGGACUGAGGGUCCCAUAGAGAAGAUGGGCAAGGUAGAUCCGAAGGAGGAGCCCCAGCUCAGGGAAGGGUCUGAGGCUAUGGAUUGCCAUUUGUCUGACAUGCUACAGCAGCUCAGCAGCGUAAAUGCGGCCAAGCCCUCAGACAGAGCCCUAAUUCGACAAGAAGAGGCUGAGGAUCCUGCCUGCAAUCCCAUUUUCUGGAUCAGCAAGUGGGUAGACUACUCGGAUAAAUAUGGCCUGGGAUACCAGCUGUGCGACAACAGUGUGGGUGUGCUUUUCAAUGACUCCACAAGACUCAUCAUGUAUGAUGAUGGGGACAGCCUGCAGUACAUUGACAGGAAUGCUGCAGAGUCCUAUCUCAGUGUGCGGUCCUACCCUUCAUCCCUCGCCAAGAAGAUCACUUUGCUGAAAUACUUCCGUAACUACAUGAGUGAGCACCUGCUGAAGGCCGGGGCCAACAUCACUCCGAGGGACGGAGACGAGCUGGCUCGCCUGCCCUACAUGCGCCACUGGUUCCGCACCAAGAGCGCCAUCGUGCUGCACCUCAGCAAUGGCACCGUACAGAUAAACUUCUUCGAGGACCACACCAAGCUCAUCCUGUGCCCACUUAUGGGGGCGGUGACGUACAUUGACGAAAAGAGAGACUUCCGCACCUACAAAAUGAGCAUGAUCGAAGAGUUUGGGUGCUGUAAGGAGCUGGCCAGCCGGCUGCGUUACGCUCGCACCAUGGUGGAGAAACUGUUGGCUUGCAAGUCCUCUGCUGCUCGCAAAGCUGUGACAGAACCAGAACGUGCCUGAUCCCUGUACUGCACACACAUCCUGUACAUAGCAGCCUCCCCACCUCCAUUUUAUUCUUUAACUCCUAUAAAUGUCUGCAAAACUACUGCUUGGCCAAAGGGUUAUUGGUUUUUU